AUCACAUCGUACAAAAUACUGUGGCCCUUAUACGGAAACACUCGUUCAUUGUGACAAUGACUAAUCAUAUACAUAGAAGUUGACAGCGACAACUUAUUUGAGAUACGAUGGUGAAUAUCUCAUUAUAUUAACUUUACUUUCAGAUUUUAUAAUGGAUUUAUCAAUCCUGGUUAUUGUUCUGUUUUCUGUCUUGGAUACUACAAUAGGAUUGGAAUGCUCUAAAUGUACUCACGUGGUUAUCAAGGACGUCCCUUCAUUUCUCCAAAGCAUUGUAUCACCCAAAAGUCCUCAAUGUGCCAGCACCCCUCCAGGACAAAGGGCCAAUGGCGUGAAUUUGGUUAAGUGCCCUAGUAAUCCGACGUCAGGACAAGUGUACAAGUGUGGGACAUAUACCGGCACCGUCACCAUGCAAAUUGACCUUACCAUCCUCAACCCCAGUGUAAAUGCUGACAUAGUAUACCGUGACUGUGUUCUGAUGGACCCAGCAGUCCCUGCCUCAUGCGCUCCACAGAGCAACAUGCCUGCUGAUAACGCAGUGUUGAAACCCGUGUUGUCCAGCCUAGCAGAUAUCAAUGCUGUCACCUUUGUCGGUACCAGAUGCGUAGCAGACGAGAGAUCUUUAAUAGCCUUAGGUCAACAUCAACACAUCUGAGUGAAACCAAAACUUUCUUUUGCAUGUUCAUGCUUGUAAUCACUAAAUAUAUUAUACCUCAUUAUAAUUCUACACAACGCGACAUCUGAUUGGUUCUAGAUUAUUUCGUGAUCAGGCCAUAAAUCUCCACAUUUCACGGUCAUCGACAUGAUUUUCAUCAUAUUCCAACUCGUUGGAUACCCAGUGCAUUUUCCCGCAAUAUAGUAAUCGUUCGUUGAAAAAAAAAAUCCCGAGACAUCACAAUAUAGCCUAGACAAAUCGCGAGAAAGAUAAUUUGCGAAUGAACGGUUGGUAGAGAGAAUUAACAUAGAUUUUAGCACCAUCAAAAUAAAAGCGAGUAAUUUUAUUUAGCGUGUGCUGCUUCUCGCGAAAUUACGCGAUAAUUAAAUUCCACGCGUAUAAUUAGGAAUCUACAGUAAUCAGAUUUAUCCUAAAAAGAUAAACACAAGUAUCUAGAAUGACGCUUAUUGCCUUCUAUUUAAAAAAUAAAAAUAGCUUCCCAAUGCAACCCGUUUUCCAGAAUUGCGGUUCUAUCAUUACGAUUCUAUGUUUUAUAAAAUAUGAGCAUUGAUGCGCUUGCGUUAGGUCUGUUCAACUUCCCUUCUUGUUCACAACAGACGAAACCAUUGAUGCCUGGAAAGAAAAUCAAGUGUCAUUGGCUAAGUAUUGUAUCAAUUAGAGCAAUUUAAGUAUUCAAAUACCGUAAAGCAAAAGGAAUUUGUUUAAAAUUUAUAUAUUAAUUUUUUCAGAAAAUGGUAAUGUAAAACAAGAGAGUUUUAUUUUUCAAUACUUCAUUUAAUGAAUGCAUGUUUAAAUAUCAAUAAUUACUAAUAAGAAACUUUUUUUGGUUUUAUUGAUUAUUUGCAGGAAAAUUAGCAUGGAAUUGUUGAGAGUGGGUUCCUCACGGGGAACCAAGACGAAACCGCCUUAAGCCAGACCCCCUGCACGUGUAGCAGGUUCCUCGGCGCCCCGGGACAACUAAUACAAGAGUCCGCACAAAUUCAGCGUGCUGGAAGUGGAAGCCAAGCGUUAUCUGCUUAUUCCAGUGGCCUACAUAUCACACACAAGGACAAGUCCAUGAAUAAAUAAAUGCCUCAGCUGCAACAGUCCUCUACGACUCCACCAACAAAAAUGUUGCUUAUCAGCCGGGCAUCCACUAGUUAGUAUUAUUAUACCUCUACUGUAAUUACUCUAUAUAAGAUUAAUACCAUAAAACUGUCUAUUUCCCCGAGAAGAGACUAUUUCGCUCAUCUGAAGACAACUCCCUGGAAAACCAGGCCCCGGGAUUAUGAAACACCUUAGUUUAAAGCUGACAUGAACUCUUAAAAAGCCAUCAUUUUUCAUCUUUGUACAACUUACUACAUUCCUGUACGCCUUUGUCCGCGAUAUUUCUUCGUUUCCGCCAUAUUUAAAGCUGACAUGAAUUCUUAACAAGUUUGGCUUUCCAGAAAGCCUGAAAUGUCAUCUCUUUGGUAUCAAUAAUGUCAAAGAAAUAAAACAGAAAGGAAGAUAUUUUAA